UUCAUAAAUAUAAACUUCAAUGCAAAAUUCAAACCAUAAAAUACAUUUUUGUAUGUUUUAUUCUAAUUUAUAAACAAGUAAAAACAAAAAUUUUAUUUUUGCACUUCUUGCUGUAUUAAAUGAAAACUAAAAUUCUUAUAAAAUAAUAUAAGUAUACAAAAAAAUGCACUCAAUAAAUUCGUGUCGAAUUUGUCUAAAGGCAGACGACGGAUCCGAUAUGGAGUUGCCCUUUGAUGAAAUAUUUGAAGAAAGUGUUUUGUUUAACAAAAUUGAAAUUUGUGGAGGAAUAAAGUUGGAACUACGAGAUGGUCUUCCUAAAAAAAUAUGCAGCAAAUGCGUAACAUCGCUUAACAUUUCCUACGAAUUUCGCGACAUUUGUCAGACCAACGAUUUAAAGCUUAAACAAAUGUUAGCUGAUGAAGAGCUUGAAAUAAAAGAUGAACCACAUUUUGAGUAUGUUCAAGAGUUAGGAACUCUCGAAGAACUACUUUUAUCUGAACGUUCAAAUCAUUCCGCCGACAGUGACGAUGCAUCAAGUUCGAAAGAAAAAAAAGUCAAAAAGAAAAGAGUCCGACAACCAACGAAUAAAAAGAAAAAAGAAAAAGCCUUUCCUUCGCGAAAAGUUGGAAGACCUAGAACGAAAGACAGUCAAAUCUGUGAACUUUGUGGAAAUGUUUAUCCAACAGUUUACCAGUUGACAAUGCAUCGCAGAAGACACGACUCGGAAAAACCAUUUAGUUGCGAAAUAUGUCAAAAGAAAUUCGCAAAUCAACAAGAAACUAAUAGACACAUGAGAGUACACACUGGAGCUCGACCAUUUAAGUGCAAAUAUUGCGAUAGGACUUUUGGUGAUCGCAGCACGAAUAUUAAACAUGAACGUAUACACACAAAUGAGAGACCAUUCAAAUGCGAAACUUGCGGGAAAUCUUUUACUUAUUCGAAUGUAUUGAAAAAUCAUAUGCUGACACACACAGGCGAAAAGCGUUUUGAGUGUGACGUUUGUGACAAAAAGUUUUCCAGAGUAUGCGAGUUAAAACAACAUCUGGCAACAAUUACCCAUAAACAGAGAGAAGCAAAACUGAAUUUCCCCAUCAAACAAGAUGAAAGCUUUAGUAUUACUCAACUAACUAAUUGAAUAUUUUAAUUUAAUUAAAUUACAAUACCAUUGACAACAAAAUAACAUGAAAGGUCAGCAGUAAUUCUUCGGGCAUGCCUUGAAUAAGGCUACUGAGUGUCCCCAACCGUGUUCGAUAGGAUUCAUGCCGAUUUCCAUUUUUUUGCAAGUACUGGGCGACGUGUGGUCUAGCAUUGUUCUGAAUCCACAAGAAGUUUUCACCAAUCAACGGUACGAAUGCAACCACAUACUUCCAUAGAUAAUUGCUGAUGUAGUAGCUACAAUAAUUGUCCGAUAACAAUCCAUCUAAAAGCGUGAAUUAGGUUUAAGUCGUAACAGCUUUUUAAAAACUCGGACUUAAAAAAAUAUUUUGGAGGUGAACCGACAACAAAACUGAUUGAUUACGAUGGAUGUGCAAAUGAACAUAAUAUGUAGUUAAUAGUUAGUUAGAACUGUAAAGAAAUGUCAGUGAAAUUUUUCUUCCCGAGCGAGUGCCCCACCACAAAAAUUGAACUGAAAUAAAUUAUAAAUAAUAUCUUCUGAAAAUUUGAUUCCAAAGACCAAAAUCCAAUUUUCGAGGGGAUCAACAAUUUUCCAAAGAAAAUUUUCAUUCACGAUAGCAAUGAUUAAAAGCUUCCUCAGAUCCGUCAUACAAGACACUUUUACAGCAUAAGGAUCAAUAAAAAAUUGAGCUUUUUUUU